GUCCUCACUCAUUGACUUUUCAACAUCUAGCUAGGAAUUACUAUUCUCUAUUAUUUCCUUCCUGGUAUUAUGCGCUUUUCAGUCACACUAUGGCUGCUCGCAGCUACUAUCAGCUGGGCUGCUCCUCCCUCGAAUAUUGAUAACCUCCAAGGGACGCAGUCUGCCGAUAGGCUGGUCUUUUGCCACUUCAUGAUUGGCAUUGUAGGUGACCGGACAAGUACCGCAGAUUACGACGACGAUAUGCUGAGAGCUAAAUCCCUUGGGAUUGACGCCUUUGCGUUGAACAUUGGAGUCGACAGCUACACAGACGCGCAACUUAACCUUGCCUACCAGUCUGCCGCUAACAAUGACAUGAAAGUUUUCAUUUCUUUUGACUUCAAUUGGUACAGCCCAACAAGUGGUGCAAGUGCUGUCGGUUCUAAGAUCGCUCAGUAUGCAAAUCAUCCUGCUCAGCUGAUGGUUGAUGGCAAAGUCUUCGCUUCGUCGUUUGCUGGAGAUGCUUUAGACGUCGCUAGUAUGAAAUCUGCUGCUGGUGUCCCUGUUUUCUGGGCUCCCAACUUCCAUCCUGGCGAGAGUGAUUUCAGCAAAAUUGAUGGAGCUUUGAACUGGAUGGCCUGGCCAAAUAAUGGUAACAAUAAAGCACCAACUCCUGGUGCAAAUGUUACUGUCCAAGCUGGAGAUGAAGCUUAUAUCUCUGCCCUUGCUGGGAAACCAUAUAUUGCACCUGUCUCUCCCUGGUUCAGCACUCACUUUGGUCCUGAAGUCUCUUACAGCAAGAACUGGAUUUUUCCAUCGGAUCUUCUGUGGUUCAAUCGGUGGAACGAGGUCCUCACCUUAGGUUCGCGGUUCUUGGAAAUCAUUACCUGGAAUGACUAUGGCGAAUCACAUUACAUCGGCCCGCUAAAGUCCCUUCAUUAUGAUGAUGGAAACUCGAAAUGGGUGAAUGAUAUGCCCCACAAUGGCUGGCUUGAUAUGGCUAAGCCAUUCAUCGCAGCUUAUCAUGCUGGUGCAGAGUCUGUGGACUCUUACAUUACCACUGAUCAACUCAUCUACUGGUAUCGCCCAACACUACGAGGGCUUGACUGCGACGCCACCGAUACGACUAUGGUCCCAGCAAGUAAUUCUAGCGGGAACUAUUUCGAAGGACGACCAGACGGCUGGGAGGAUAUGCAAGACUCUGUCUUUGUUGUUUCCUUGCUCACAGCCCCUGGUACGGUCACAAUAAUCUCCGGGGAAAAUCACCAAACCUUUGAUGCUCCUGCUGGAGCCUCAUCUUUCCAAGUUGAUAUGCAAGUCGGAAUACAGUCGUUCGCACUUACCCGUGGGCCAAAUGUCGUCUUGAGUGGCUCAUCUCUCAAAGAAGUCUCAUCAAUCUGCAUCUGUGGAAUCUACAAUUUCAAUGCAUUUGUCGGAACACUUCCCCCGGGUCCCUCUGACCCUCUACAACAUGAUGGCCUCGCAUCACUAACAGCAGGUCUGCAUGUUAGCACCUGCUUUCCAUCGCCUUCUCUUCCAGCCACACCACCACCACCACCCACUGCUUUACCUACCACAAGUUAAAAUCACUUCUGCAGUGUCGCCGACUACCAGCAUUCCGGUGCCGGUAACAACUAAAACUGUUAGCGAGAAACGGGGAAUACGGCGUUCCACGGCCAAAAUCGGGUGAUAAUAUCUAGUCUCCCUUAAGGUCCCACAGCGCAGACGGUAUCAGGGAGUAUCACAAGUAAUACAGUAUAUAG